UUCGUGCUAAAUUUGAAAGUAGUUUUUGAAAUAAAAAUAUGGAGAUCUUUCAAAUUUCUAGUUAGAUUUGCUCGAAAUAAACACAAAUACCAAAAUACAGUUCAAAAUAGAAAUGUGAAAUUAUUGUUGAGAAAAUAAUCUUCAUCCGCAAGUCACCGGCGGAGUAAAUCGGCAGUGUAAUCUCCACGAUGGAUCAAGAAGACGAAUUCGAGCCCCAGUUUAAGAUAUCUUCAGAUGAAUUACCUAAAAUACACAAAAAAUGCAACCAAAACCGUCCACACACCAGUCCACAUGUAUCACCAGAAACCACGAAUCCGUCUACUUCGGGCCUUCAAACAACACCGCAGAACAGAGACAGCAUGAGAAAACAUGACGAGGAAACGAACGGGAAGGAAAAGGAAAACGAAGGCUCGGUCGCUGAUUGGGUGUCGGGUGGACCAAUUGGGGCUAAGGGUGCCGUCCUUGUCUUCCGAUCGUGUGUGCUCGCUUCACGAACACCCUCUAUGGAAUCUACAACAAAAACAGUAGGCAAUAAUACAGGGACCACAAUGUUAUUAAAUAAAGCCAAAAACAUGGCGAGAAGACUAGUUGCAGAGCCCCACUCCUUUAGCGUUAGACCAAAAAAUAUUAUGCACGAUGUGAUGGAAACUUUUGGGAAUAGCAAUAAAUAUACAGGACAAGCAUAUAUCGUAAGACAUGUUAGUGAAGCCGAAGUGCCUGAGACCCAGUCGAUAGAGGAGCAAGGCCACGAGCCGUUAGAGCAUAAGAGGGACAUUGAGGACGUUCUCAAUGACCUGAGCAAAAUUACGCUUAAGAGGAAUCUCAAUAUCGAGAAUACGACUGCCAAUAUCAAGCCGCCUGAAGAACCACCGCCGUCUAACAAAGAAAAAGACGAAAAAAAAUUUAAAAAAAGCAAAUGUAAAAACAAACGUAAGAACACCCAAAGAGCAUCGUCGCCACCACUCGAUAGUGAUGAUUCGGAACAUAUGCUAGUCAAAGAAAUGGAUAGUAUUAAGGUAUUAGAAAGCUGUCACAUGCCAGCGCGCAUGCUGAAAAUAACGUACAAACUAGUCAACACGGAAACCAAGCUGCUGCAUCGCCUGCUGCAAGCGCAUGGUCUGCAGGAAGCGCCCACCGAUGCCAAAGACUUCAACCUGAUGUGGGCUGGCCUGCAUCCCAAACCAGACGUACUUCGGUCUUUGACACCAUACCAAAGGGUCAACCAUUUUCCCAGGUCGUAUGAGCUUACGCGCAAAGACAAGCUGUUCAAGAAUAUAGAGAAGAUGCAAUACUUCCGCGGUCUAAAGCACUUCGACUUCAUUCCCACCACGUUUCUAAUGCCCGCCGAGUACAAGGAGCUAUGUACCACGCAUUACAGGACUAAGGGGCCUUGGAUUGUCAAACCGGCUGCGUCUAGUAGAGGAAGGGGGAUCUAUAUUGUUAAUACGCCAGAACAAAUUCCGAAAGGCGAAAACGUAGUGGUGGCGAAAUACAUCGACAAACCACUGCUAAUAGGCGGCCACAAGUGCGACCUCCGCCUAUACGUGUGCGUCACAUCCAUAGAUCCUUUACUCAUAUACUUGUACGAAGAGGGCCUGGUCAGAUUCGCCACGGUCAAAUACGAUAAAACCAACAAGAACCUAUGGAACCCUUGUAUGCAUCUGUGUAAUUACAGCAUUAACAAAUACCACACGGAUUAUAUCAAAUGCGACGACCCAAAUGCAGGAAAUAUAGGCCACAAGUGGACCCUGUCAGCCCUACUUCGGCACCUAAGGAAGCAGGGCCGCAACACCGCGGCGCUGAUGGCGGCCAUCGAGGACCUGGUGGUCAAGUCCAUCCUGUCAUCAGCACAGACCAUCACCGCAGCAGCAAGGGUCUUCGUGCCCAGUCUGUUCAACUGCUUCGAGCUGUUUGGAUACGACAUUCUAAUAGACGAUAUGUUGAAGCCAUGGUUAUUAGAAAUCAAUUUAUCGCCAAGUUUAGCCUGCGAAAGUCCGCUGGACGCGAGAGUAAAGUCUGCCUUACUGGCGGAUACGCUCACUUUAGUGGGUCUGCCCGCGGUGCCUAUGUCCAAACACGAGGCUUCACCACGGAGCAACUCUCUAAAGAUGAGGAUCGGUGCUUGUCGGCGAGUACAUUCAGCCGAGAACACGUUGGUACGGGGCAAGUCAACCAGCGCGAGUGCGCCAGCUCAGAACCAAGCGGUCGGGCCGCUCGCUGGAUUGCUCACGGGCGAGGAGAUCCGGAUAGUGCGCGCGGUCAGGGCGCAGUACGCCAGAAGAGGGGGGUUCGUGAGGAUCUUCCCCAGCCAGAACUCCUGGCAGAAAUACUCCCAAUACCUUGAUCCAGUAACGGGCAUCCCAGUAUGCUCGACGUCGCUCAACAACAACGCGCCGUACACCGUGGUGCAGCACAACUACAACCUGCUCGUACAUUCCCACGUGCUGCCACACUUCCAACACGCGACCGUUGCCACCAGCAUCACUGACACUCCUCAAAGGUUAAAACGUUACGAAGCAGUGUGUAUAGCGGGCGCCGCCCCCGCGGUCCAGCUGUCGGACAGCCCCGCGCCGCAGCCGCCGCGAGACGCGCGCCGAGCCAAGGAUCUCGUGAAGAAACAACUCACAGACGGACUCCGACUCACUACCGGAGAAGUGCGUCGCGCGUUUGGCCUGUACUUGACUCACGUGCUGAAGCGCGUGUCGUCGCCCAGCAACGAGCUGGCGGUGCAGCACGCGGCGCUGGUGCUGAAGUUCCUGCGGCGCGCGUCCUCGUCGCUGCGCAUGCCUUACAAUGUAAAGGGGCCGCCCGCCAAGAUGUGCGACAAGGACCGCUGCGCCGUCAUCGCCAAGCAGCUCAACGACUUCCUGUACAUGUACUACCGCGAGACCGACCUCUACACCGACAGCGAAGACCGCACCGGCUGCGUGUCCAACAUACACUUCGCGCAGUUCCUGUAUUCCGCCAGUGAAGCAGACUUGGAAGACGUGUUAAUGUUGCUCCUGCGUAUGGAAAACUACGUAGCGACGUUUCUGGGUGACGGUCGCGGAAGCGCGCUGUGCGUCGACCUCCCGCCGGCGCGCCGCGACCCCGACCCGCCCAGACACACCCUGCUGAGGCAUCUGGCUGCGCUCGCGCAUGUUAACUGUAGGAAAUAUCGGCCAGAAACAGAGACCUCAAGUCGAUCAGAGCCGGAAGAGCCCUCCACAACAGACAGCGUUCCACCACCGCCCUUCACCAGCUCGGACGUGGUCCUCAAAGACUCCCUCAAGGAGGAGAAGCCGCUCAACCUCGCGCUCAAGUACGCGCGCUCAUAGCGAAGAACUCUUUAAGCCGCGAUCUCACCGGCGAACACUUUGCGGCUGACUGACUGAAUAAUGAGAAUCUGGGAUAACUCGUCUUGGGUCUCCGAAUAACUUUUUUGAAUUCGGACACUUUACCUUUCAGCAAAACUAACUUUAAUUCUGCCAAUUUUACCAAAUAACACUUAACUUUCAAUAAAACGGUCAUCCUUAGCGGAUAGUAUGCAAUUUACUAAUAAAUGAAGAAAAUCAGUGAUACAUGUGGAAAAAACAUGUUUAAUGCGUUAUGCUAUUCCAAAAAAAAAACUGGCAAACUAAACACUAAUAAAAAUAAUUAAUCAGCUUUUAAUAUUUUUAACUUCACCAAUAAAAAAUACUUAUUCAAAUGAAAUAGUCAAAUCACUCUCAAGUCUAAUGAAAAUUUAAAUGCUUAUUUCCUGACAAACUUUUUAAUUCGAGAUUUGGUUUUAUUAACACAAAGCUAAGUACCGACAAAAAUAUACUACGCACAGCUUCUAUGUAAUAAAAUAAUAACUAUCGUAAGGCUGCCCGCAAAAAGUUGCUGAGUGGUUGCUAAUUUGCGGGCAGCCUUAGAUAUGAUGAGGCUAAAUUAAAUUAAAAAUCGAAUUAGUAAACAAUUAUUACGAACUAAAGUUACCAAAUUCUAGUUAGAUAAGAAAGUAUUUUAACAUAAAAGGAGCUAAUAAAACAUCUCGAUAUAAGGUCAAUAAGAUAAGAAAAAUUCCUCCCUAGCUAAAUUAUUUAUUAUUAUACUUAUUAGUUAAGUACUUUCAUUUAUUUCCAAAUAAAUGCUUUACUGUAUACGCGGUGGAAUUUUAGUGUUUUAGGGCCGUGGCUAAGUUAAUUGCCUUAAAUAUUCAUAAGCAGCAAAAAUAAUAGUUUUGACUUUAUUUGAAAAGUCUUUUUAGACUUAUUGGUUAGGUGAUAAGUUUUAUUUUAGAAUAAAACAUUUUUGUUCUCAUUUAAAAAAAUACCUGGCCACUUGAGCGAUGUCAUUUUGUUCGUGAUCUGUUCCUACUAUUCUAUAUCAAUGGAUCCAAGCUUCUAUUAUCGUAUCUCCGUAUAAACUCAACGAAGAUUGUGGAAUCAUGAUUUUGUAUGGCAGGUGGCAAAAUCCUUUGUGGUCCGAUCCCCCAUUAUCAAAAUUUAACGUUUACGAUUUAACGUUAGUGUGCCUCUAAUAAGCCUUUGACGAAUUGAUUGUACAAAAACAAUGAUUAUGCUUAACAGAUUGGAAAUCUUAACGUUUUUAAACGUAGCAGUAACUUAGACGCCAAAGAUACAGAUUAUAUAUAUUUAUCCCCUAGUAUAAUGUAGCAGGCACUGUAGGCUAUCUGC